GAGCCAAAGAAGAAGAAGAAGAUCCUUCUGGAUCCAAUUUCCUCCAUUUUCGUCGCAGAGAUUGUGUGUGGAGAGAGAUUUGCGUGUUUAGAGACUGGUCUGAAGAUUGACGGAUUCGCGCCUAAUUGGGAAAGUGUGAAGAAGUAGAAAUUAGGUUUAACGAAGCAGUUUUCAAAACCCUAAGUAUAUGUCUUCCGAUAUCAAUCUCAACCUCUGGGAGAGACAUUUGUGUAUCUGAUCUAGUGAAGGAUUGGUUUUGGUGUUCGGAUUUGAUUUGGGUGAGUUUGAUUUCUUCUGGGUUAAAAUGGGGUUUCUUAAGAAGUUGGCUGGUGUGUUUGGAUUUGGGCAGGAAGUUGUGAGAAAUGAGGAGGAUGAGAGUACCGGAAUCGAUUCCGGUGACGGAGAUAAACGACGGGAAGAUAACCAGCCGAAAUUUCGUGAAACCGGGUUACCAAGGAAAGGAUUCGGAGUUCCGGUUCAAGUCGCCGUCGAAAGGUCUCAACUUGGUCCUGUUCUUCAGCCUUGCUUCGCCGGAGACGGUGGUAUUCAGGGACUAAGGUGGUACACCAAACGGCUAAGGAUUGAUGAAGAUGGAGAUGUUGCGGAUGAGUUUUUGGAAGAGGGAGAGAAACAGACAAACGCUGAAGAUAAUAACUUAAAGACUAUGCCAAGACUCGAAGCCAAGCGCAAAACAAAACCUGCAAAAGUAAGAAGACUAGUUGUGUCUUCCGAUGGGAAACUCCAGCAAUGCAUUGAACAUCAAGGAAGAUUACUUAUAGUAUGAAUGAUUUGAAGAACAUAGAGAGGUUUAGGACAGGUUUUGUUUCAUCAGCAUUUCAAAUCUUGGUAUCAAAGAAUAGAAGAAAACCUCUUGUGAUGAUUAUUGAUUUGAUUCUACAAUGAGAUUAAUUUUAUAACUAGACAGUCGAUUGGUUUUGGGAAUUGUUUUACACUUAGACUUUGUAUUAUUACUACGGGUUCUUCUUUGUGUUUAUACAUAUAUGAUCAGUCUAUUUUGGCUUAAA